UUUCUCUUUGCUGGCGCGGCGGCCGAUAUUCGACGGCAUUUCAUUACACGUCCCUCAUCAUCAACGUUCGACCAUCUCUCACUUCACGAGUAGGUGAUCUAAGAGUGCUCUAAGAAAGAUGGGAGACGGUUUGUUAUUUCAUCUGGGCUGCCUUCUGGCCUGUAUAACCCUGGUGAUUGGGUACAAUAUUCAGAACGUCAACAAACAUGAUGUUGUUGAACAAACGAGAGAAAGGCGAGGUGAUCAUCAACAUCGAUCUCGGCGCGCUUCUAGAUAUAGAAAUGUGAUAUUAGAAGAGAUCGGCUGGGACAUCUCGGCCAAACAUCAUCAUGGCUACUACCAUCCCAGUAUCUCCAUAAAUGUCACCUUCCAAACAUCAAGGGCGGGCGAUAACAUCAAAGGACGAGGUCUCUGGAAGAUUGGUCUGUUUCGAAGUCUAUAUCGAGAUGGGUUUGGUGAUCGGGCUGGGCCGUACGUUUAUCAACUUCUUAGCGAUGAGGAGGCUUCAAUGGGAGUCCGUACUGGAAGACCAUAUCAUUUUACAAAUCUCCAAACAGUGUAUGAUUUGAAUGAGGUAGGGUGCGAUGUCGAAUUCCAUCAUCUGUGUAUGGAGUUCACACAAGGUGAUAGCCCAAGUCCAUGGUACAAUCUCACUAUUGUAUCCAUAACUGGAAGUGCAGUACUAUGUACUGAGAUACCCUGUUUCGGCCGAACCGGUCCAGGGGUGGAUAGAAGAUGUCGCCUCCCGUGUCCGGAAGAUGAACCUGUUUGUGGAAAUGACGGAAUCACCUAUCCCAGUUCAUGUGAGGUUGACAAUUUGAUCAGAUGUCUGUCACGGGAUGUAACAAUAGCUUACUACGGGGAAUGUCGAAUAGGAGUUAUCAUGGAGAGUAUGUUUUGGUCUGCCAGUGUUGUAGACAAUGAACCUGGUGAACUGACUGAACUGGAAAUGGAAGCGUUCCUCUUUGCCAACGAGUCCAGUGAGAGUGUGGCUGGAACAAAUCUAUGGCGUAUGGGAGUAUUUGGCAGCAUGAAUGUCGAUGGAACUGGACCGAAGUUUGGUUAUGUACCACAGAUUCUUGAUGAGACUGCUGCAAGUCAGGUAUUAGUUUCUGGCCUCCCACUUCCAAUCAGAGCCCGGUUCCAUUUUGAUGUGGCAACAAUCGGCUGUAAUGAAUUUGAUUUUAUGUGCAUGGAGUUUACUCGUGACAAUGCUGCCGAACCAUUCUUCCCAUUCCAGACCAAUAGUGGAAAGGACACCUUCACAAGUUGUCGAGUCGCGCCAUGUGAUCCUUUAGCCAGCUUAAAUCGUAUGGCAGUUGGACCAGUGACUUGGGGUAUAACAGUAGCAACCUUCCGUCGGAGUGCACCCAGUGAUAUCGUAUUGGACGUGCUGGUCCAAAUCACUCCUGACAGCGAGUUAAUUCAAGGGAAUGGGCUUUGGCGGAUAGGAUUAUUUGGUAGUCCUUUGGCCAAUGGAAGUUCUUCUGAGAGGUUUAACUACGUCCGACAGCUCCUUGACCCAGCUCUUGCAUCCUUACCUAUUACACCUGGCCAAAAAAUUAACUUUCCUGCUCUUCCUGCUCAAUUCAAAAUAAUUGAACUGGGUUGCUCCAGGUACAAGUACAUCUGUCUAGAGAUUGCCAAAGGUGAUGAACCACAGCCAGACUUUGUCUUUCACAAUGACCAACAGAAGCCUCUCAUCUUCUGCAAAUCUGUGUCUUGUCCUGGUCCCCCCAAACCUGUUGUGCGGCUGCUUAGUCUUGACUGGAAUUUAGGCCUUAUCACGCAUCGCAUUGGUAGCCCAAGCAAUGUCAGCAUCAUCGUGUCGAUCGCUACUUCAGAAAGAUCUUCACCUGUCAAUGGUACUGACCUGUGGAAACUUGGAUUCUUUACAAGCGGUGAUGCUAAUGGAGUGGGUGGCAGGAGAGGCCAGUACAAAGAACAGAUCCUAAGCCAAGCAGAUUCUUCACAUCCCAUCAUUCCCGGGAUGCCACUGAACUUUGUUAAUGUUCUCACUUCAAUUGACAUAACUGGUAUGGGAUGCGCAGGGUCCAACUUCAGUUACACCUGCAUUUCUUUUGCGAAGGGAGAUGCCGCAGACCCAGACUUUGACUUACCAUUACGUAAUGAUGAAGCUGUUUCCUGCAAGAGAAUUGCUUGCCAAGCUGUUUCUGUUAAUGUCGCCAACUACAGAAGUAUGCGCGCUAGCUACGGUGUAGAAAGUGCACCCGGUGAAAGGGCUGUUCCUAUAAGGGUUAAUUUGAUGGUAACCCCUGGUGAUUCAACAAAAACAAUUACUGGGAAUCGAUUGUGGAAGGUGUCCGCUUUCGGAAGUGCAUCUUCUGACGGCAGUGGUUCAAGGAGAAGCGAAAUACCAAAUAUCCUGGAUUCAGAAUCCCAGCGUGUUUCCAUGCGACCAAGUCAGGAGAUGACAUUGAGUGGAGAUGUUGGGCUGCCUUUAGCUGAACAUGUGGGUUGCAGACCUGGCUAUGAGUACCUCUGCCUAGAAUUUGCUCGUGGAGAUAAUCCCACCAUGACAUUUUCCAUGAAUUCCAAUGUCAUGUGCCGACAAAUGGACUGCCAACCUGUUGGAGAUACUUCGAGGAGGCCUAAUACCGGUAACACCGGUAGUACUGGCCAUACCAGUAACACUGGUAGUUCUGGUAACACUGGGAAUGCUGCUGAUACAGCCAGAUGGCAGCGGAUGGGUGCCAAUUUACAGGGGCUUGGAAGUGACACAAUAGGUGCUUCACUGGAGAUACAUCCUCAUGACACUACUUCAAGGAUCACUGGAAGUGACCUGUGGAGGGUGGGAGCUUUUGGAAGUUCAAAUAGAGAAGGCACUGGAAGCAGAAAAGGCCAAAUACGAAACAUCCUUGAUGACCGAGCCAUGAGGACGUCUAUGGUACCUCGUCGUCCAAUUACUCUGUCUGGGGAUAUUGGUACUCCCUUGAGUAGAAGAUUGGGCUGUCUCCGUGGCUAUGAGUACCUGUGCCUUGAAUUUGAUAAAGGGGAUAGACCUUCUAUGCCAUUUAACAUGGAAUCAGGCAUCAUGUGCCAAGAAAUGCCAAGUAUAAACUGUGACACUUCAGACACAGGACAUGAAGUGGAAUCUGGAACUGUUGCUAGGUGGUCUCAAAUCGCCCCUGGUUACAGAAGGAAUCGUAACCGGGUCACUGCCACAGUAGACGUAACCCCUCAUCCUGAUACAGACUUAAUCCAUGGCAAUAAUCUGUGGAGGGUUGGAGUCUUUGGUAGUGAGCGUUCAGACGGAUCUGGACGAAGGAAUGGAGAAGUCCGAGACAUCCUCGAUUACUCUGGGCGUGGCCGAACCCUUCAGCCUCCGAGAGGAAGCAAUCAAAACAUCAUCGAGCUCUCUGGUUCUUUCAAUUUCCCUGAUGGAUGCACAAGAGGAUACCGCUAUUUGUGUAUAGAGUUUGAUAAAUCAGAGAAUCCCAGCAUGGAUUUUUCCAUGAGUCGGCCAGAUCCAGGCUGUAUGGAACAGCAAUGUGAUGGACCCAGGGUAGAUCCAGGGGGUUCUGGUACAAGUGGUGGUAGCGGUGGUAGCCAUACUGGUAGUAGUGGUGGAAGCCAUGGAGAUACAUCAGUUGAAAUCACUGGCCUGUCAUGGGCACCAGUGAGGAGUCGUGGAAGUAAUUUCUUUGACUCUGCGGAAGCUACCGUCAACCUGAACUUUGAACCAGGCCCGACAUUCGAAGGUUCAAAUCUGUGGAGGAUGGGAGUUUUCGCAAGUCCUGAUUCUGAGGGCCAGACAGAUCGACAAGAUGAAACCGAGCAGAUCCUCAGUAGUGCAGACAGAUCAAGGACCAUUCAACAGAGAAGGGGAAAUACAUUCCAAAUAAGCAAUCCUCGUGUGAAUAUCUCUGAUGCUGGAUGUGAAGGAAAGAUCUACUUAUGUUUUGAGUUUGGCCAGGCCAGGAAUCCCAACCCGUCCUUCAGCAUAUCAGGCCCGCAUGGUAAUGGACAGACAAGGAUAUCAUGUAAAAGGCAGACUUGUAGAAUAACAAAAUCAGUUUAUGUGAUGAAGGUCACCCCAACCUCAUCUAACCCUCAGAUAGUAGCACAGGAUGAUAAUGAUGUACGAUUUAAUGUCGAGGUCAGAUUCGAUCGGCCGAGGACUAUGAGCAUUACGGGUACUGAUCUCUGGAGAAUGGAGGCCUGGGCUUCAAAUUCCAAUAGAGCAAGUGGAAGGAAACUAUCUCACUCCACACAGAUCCUGAAUAGUGACUUUGUACGGGAUACUGUGGUCACCAAGGGUACCGACAGUUCAAGGAUUGGUGACUUUUCGUUUACGAACCUCGAACAUAGAAUUGAUAUGAGACCCGAUGUGACAUGUAAGCAAGUGAAGUUCCUGUGUGUCAAGCUGCAUAAGGACAAUCCACACCCAGAUUUUGAACUUCAAGUGAGAGAUAACAACCCUGAUUUCCUCAUGGGCUGCCUCAAACUCCAGUGUGAAGGUGUUAACAUGACUGCUGAUUUGCUCUCCACCUCAUCACCCUCUCGUGGUAUUGUCCAUCCCACAUCCCUUCCUUCCCUUCACCCUUCCCCAAUUCCUUCAAAUCAAACAGCCGCGUCCGAGAAGAUGUUCGUGGUCAAUAAUAUAGGAAUAAGUCGGGAGGUGAACUCAGCUGUGCAGUCUGGUAGGAACAAUGACAUGCUCCUCAACUUGAAUGUGGUUCAUGACAGAGGAACCUCUACCGAAGUCACCGGACAACCAGGGUGGGCUGUUCAAGCUUGGGGCAGUUCCAAGAAAAACGGAAAGAAGGCCAAAAUUUCUCCCGCUAAUCUAAAUCUUGGGGCAGAAAGACAGCAGAAUUUCGACAGGCGAACCCCGGUCAGAUUCAACAGGAUUCCCUACACUCUUGAUCUGAAUGAUGGCUGUCAAAACGUAAAAUACUUGUGUGUGAAGCUCUCCAAAACAGGACCUGGCUUCACCCUGAAGGGUAGACCAAAUAGUAAAGCUCUCACAUCAUGUACAGCUUUGACAUGCAUGGGAGAUCAAGGUAGUACCCCUUCUAGAGAUACUGGUCGUGGACAAGGUGCUGGACAGGCUGCUGAACGCCCUCGAGUGGAAUGGGAAUCAUUGGCUACUAACAUGAACUAUCCACUGACGACUGGAGAGGUGAAAGUGACCAUGGACGCCACCAUGGGAUUCACAGCGAAUUCUGGAGUGCCUUCUGGUCCUGGACUGUGGCACAUGGCAGUCUAUGGCAGCCGUGAAGAUUCUGAUUCUACUCAUGAUAAGUUUGGAUAUACUGGCAACGUUCUAACACCCAAACAGGCCAAGACCCGCAUUGCACCUGGAAGGUCUACCACUAUCAGCGGAAUUUCAUUCAGAAUGGAUAUGUCUAGAAUCAUGGAAAGCUAG